CAGAGUGUGACGAUGCUGUCCCUCUGUCUUCCUAUGGUGGCUGUUCUUCUGCAGCUGCAGCUGGGAAACUCUGCUUUGUACAACUGCUCCUCUGCAUAUGAAAGGAUUCCAGAUAACAGUGACCUUGUUGUAGACUGCGGGACCAACCUGAUAAGCCUGGAGGUGAACCUAUGCACAGCUCAGUGGGCUGGCUUUGAGCCUGCUGGCCUGGCCUUAAAUGGCCAGCACAAUAACAGCCUGUGUAAGGGCGCCAUUGACACCAGUGUGGACCCACCCGUAAUCCGCUACCAGCUGCCCGUCAACAGCAGCCAGGAAAACCCCUGCCGACAGUCCCUCCAGAUUGUGGAUGGGAGUCCAGGGCCUGGGAUCUUCAGUUCCUUCUCCAGCAUCCAGUCCAUGAUCAUCACGGGCUUCAUUGAUACGCCGCGCUCCUCUGAGGGACUCAUCAGCUACUCCACUGACCUGUUCUACCGCUUCUCCUGCCGCUACCCACUGGAGUACUUACUCAACAACACCCGCAUCAUGGCGACUUCAGUCUCAGUGGCAACUACUGGCAACAACGGCAGUUUCAUCAGCGCUCUCAGCAUGAACAUGUACAAUGACACUGACUACAGCCACCCACUGGUGGUUCCUGAGACAGGCCUCGCCCUGCGCACCAAGAUCUAUGUGGAGGUCAAGGCCACCAACCUUACUGGAAAUUUUCACGUGCUUCUGGACCGCUGCUUUGCCACCCCGUCACCUUUCAACGUUUCCAGCAGUGAACAACAUGACUUCUUCAUUGGGUGCAAUAUUGACCCAAGGACGACAGUAGAGCAGAACGGGGCUGCCGCAAAUGCCAGGUUCCUGUUUGAGGCUUUCCGUUUUGUGGAGCACCACAACCAAGACAUGUCCAGCCUCUUCCUGCACUGCAUCGUCCGGCUCUGUGAGCCCAGUAAAUGCCAGGAACUGCUGGGUGUUUGCAGCAGGAAGAGGAGGAGGAGAGACCUGGAGCCAUUCGGGUCUGAGGCUUCUGACUCAACUAUGGUCUCUGUGGGGCCCAUCUACACCACUGACACCGGUGGAGGUCAGCAGGCAGCAGAUCCCUCUGGGGUCACAGGGCUGGCAGUGGGGAUGACUAUGGUCUCUGCAGGCACAGCCAUGUUGGUCCUGGGUGGGUGGGCUGUACUCAAGAAGCUGCACUGGGGGACCAACCUUCUGCAUACCUUCAGCUGA